AUGGGUGACGCAGACGACGCCGCCGCCGACGCUGCAGCCCGUUUCGACUUCCUCGAGCAAGGGCAGGCCGCCCUUCAAACCAAAUUUGAUACGAUAUCAAAUCAGCUGCAGCUUCUCCUCAACGCCCCUCGCGGAAAUAUCGUGCCACCAACGCCCAACAAUACUACUUUGCCAUCGGAAAUCUUGGACGCCAUCGCAAACCAUAUUCGCCUAAAGCGAAACGUCACUAAUUGUCACCGGAAAACUCCAAUUAUCACCCUGGAUUUACGUACGGGCUCCGCAAGAGCAUUUACCGCAGUUACAUCAGCAAUUCCGGAUCCGGGAGCGGAAGUAUCCGUCGCCGGUCUCGACGUGUUGAACAGCCUCGGCCUUGCCGAAACUGACCUUUCCGGAGCCAAAUACGACCUCGUCCAGGCAGACCGCUCCUCCACUCUACUAUCCAUCGGACAGCUGGAACUUACAGUCCGCUACGGAGCGCGUGAGGCGCAAUGCACCGUGGCCCUCUACCCGAAAAACCGACGGAGGAACUUAUCAGCCAAACCCGUUCGGCCAUCAUGGCUCACUUCGACGUCGUUUUCGACCAGUCCCAGGGCCUACGCUGUAUUGACGGACCAGCCAUGA